AUGAUUAGUUUGCCUUUCCAUAAAUGGAAACUGAAUUUUUAUGAUCCUGACUUUGAAGCCGAGUUUGAAGCUCAUUAAAACAAAAUAAGGCUUAUCUCAUUUCAAAUGUUAAACUUGUUGGUAUCUAUAGCAGCUCUUAUUUGUUUGAUAACGUUUGUCAUUCAAUAACAGCCAAUUUAACUAAUACUAAUUAUGAUUGGUGUCGUAGGAGGCUGUUUUUUCAUGCUUUUAAUAGGCAAGAAAUUAGAGCCUUAUCUACGGUAAAUAUUCUCAUUUUAUUUUGUUUGGAGCCAAUCUACGAAUAUUUUAGUUGCCCUUAGUGGAUUAGAUAUCCCUUUGUUUAUAUUCGGAUUUAAUACCUGUUGUUUUGCUAUUGGUACUAUGCAAUACAGCGACAACAGAUUAAAAAUAGUUUAUACCAUAGUUACUCCUUUUGUACUGCUAGGGGUUUUUGAUAAUUAUAAAGCGGGCCAAAUGCAUUUUAUAUUUUAAACAAUAGCUUGUGUUGUUUGUAUUGGGAUAUGGACAUACAUGCAGGAAUAUACAGCACGUUUAGCAUUUUCACUGAAUUUAAUCGCUAAUAAAUAAAAGGAGAUCGUCAAUCAAUUUGUAAACGAUGCUAUGUUUGCUAUCAGCGUAGAUCCUAGAACAAGAUAAAUUAUUUUAGAAUUUUAAAACAAAAAGUUUGAAGAAAGCAUGAAUAUCAAAGAAACAGAAUAGAUGAAGAAUUUCCUUCGGUCUUCUUAUAUAGUAAUAAAGAGCCAAGAGAGUCAGAAAAAGUUAGUAGAAAAAGGAGGUUAAAAAGGAAUAAAAUUAGAAGAGUUUUUAUUUAAGAAAAUAAAAUCUGUUUUUUAGCCUAUUUAAUAGGAUGUUGAAAAUGAAGUUUAAAUAAUGUAUCAUAAUUUAAUAACUGAUUAAAUGAUGGGAAUGAAAAUUCAGAUAAUGCAAAUGAAUUUUGGUAAGCCUAUCUUAAUUGGAAUAAUAAAAUCUGAAUAGGUAGAAAAUUUAAUCGGAGAGCAUUAAAAAUAAAUAAAAGAACAUUAAUAAUUAAUUCUUAAUUUUUCAAGUUAAAUCGUACAAUAAUAAGAAAAUUUAUACAAAGAAAUAAAAAAAACUAAAUAAGUAAAUUUUCAAGAAUAUGAAUAGACAAUGAGCUUAAAGUGUUUAAAUUUAUCAAUAAUAAAUUACAUUAGGAAUUAUAUAUUUUAUUUUCAAAGAAAUAAAAUCUCUACUUAAUUAUAAACUUAUGAAAGGUUUCAAAUUUAUGAAUACUUAAAUACUAUUUAAAAAUACUUUCGGACUCUCGCUUGCUAUUAUAAAUUGAGUUUUAAUAUUUAUAACUAAGUUGAUAAAAAUUGUCAAAUAAACAUCAACACCAAAUAUUUAACCUAGAUCUUGAUUAAUGUCUUUGAACUGAUUGCAAAAUAAUCCCUCUAUAUCAAUAAUGUCACUCUAAAAAUACUGGAAGAAUUUACUUAAUAUGAUCAAGUUCUAGAAACAAGAAGGAGAGUUGAGGAUUCACAAAAUGGUUCAAAGUAAAUAAUAGCUUUUAAAUUAAUUUAAUUUUAAUUCAACGUUGAUAGCUCAUAAUAGCUAUCCUUAUCAUAUAUCAAUAAUUUAUAGAUUAAAAAAGAAAUUGAAUGUGAUGAAAACUAUAUCAUUCAAGAAGUUACAACUUGUUUACUUGAUUGUCUCGGUCCAAUCAAUACAAUACAAAUAGAUGAAAGUGAAAAAUUAGAAAGUGGUAAUUAUAGGAAUAGGUUUUCUUUCAAAAUAUAUUCUGAUUAAUCUUAAUUAGAACCAUCUUAUUUGAAGGCAAUCGAUAAACCAAUCGUUAUUUGA